AUGUCCAACCACCCCAUCGCCGAAUGUGAUAUGCCUGACCCCUGGGUCCUCGCGGGCAACGGUGUCUUUUACCUGACCUUUACGCUCGGCGACCGCAUCGAGAUCUGGGCGUCGCAGAACGUGGAGGACUUCCGCAAUUGCCAAAAGAGCCUCAUCUGGAAGCCUGAGGGCUCCGGCUGGGCCCCCGGUAUCUGGGCCCCCGAGCUCCACAACCUGAACGGCACUUGGUAUGUGUACUUCAGUGGCGAGAAGCCUGGCCAGGGCCCCGCGUCGCACCGCACCCUGGUCCUGCGCUCGAGCAACCCCGAUCCGAUGGACCCCAGCGGCUGGCAGUUUGCCGGCCCCCUGCGUGGUGUGCCUGACCACUGGGCGAUUGACGCUACGGUCUUCACCCCCCGCCCCAAUGAGCUGUACUGCUGCUGGUCGGGCUGGCCUCUUGGCGACAACUCUGACUCGGAGCAGGACCUGUUCAUUGCGCGUCUCGCUUCGCCCGAGGAGGCGAUUCCUGACACGGUCACGGUCAUUUCGCGCCCCGACCGUGAGUGGGAGCGCCCUGACAAUGGCAAGCGUGGCGUGAACGAGGGCCCGACGUGGGUCAACCUCCAGGGCUUCAGCGGCAUUGUCUACAGUGCUCACGGAAGCUGGACGUGCGACUACAAGCUCGGCCUGCUCCAGCUGGUCGGCAACAACCCCCUGGACCCCAAGUCGUGGCAGAAGCGUGAUGCGCCGCUGCUGAUGAGCGAGCGCUCCAAGGGUGGCCCCUACGGCCCCGGCCACGCCUCGUUCAUCGUCUCGCCUGACGGCAGCGGUGCGCUGUGCAUGUUCCACUGCACGCACAACGUCGACGACGGCUGGGACAACCGCAAGGCGCGCUGCAUGCAGCUCUCGCCGCAGGACUUCCACCCCGAGUCCCGCCAUUGCUGCUGUGCCUCUGGCAACGAGGGCGGCGGUGGCCCCGGUGGUCUGCUUGGCAAGGCCAUCAACAAGAUCAAGUCGCUUUAA